CAGACUCCCCCAGCACCUUCAAGGAGAGUGGCGCUGAGGAUGAAAAAGUGGUGCAACCCAAGUGACUCGUUCCGAUGUCUGCCCCAGGAACUCCGCCAUGCCAUUGUACAAUCACUUCCCACGUGGGACUUCCUCAAUCUGCGUCUCGCAUCAAGAACAAUGACAGGACUGUUCAACGAGGGCUACUUUUGGAGAUCGCGCUUCGAGUAUGACGGUGACCGGGGCUUCCUUCACCAUAUUCUUCGAGAUCAUGGCGAGGAUGUCCAGAUUGACUGGCGGCUUCUUUACCAUGCCUCGGCAGAGCUCGAAAAUAGGUUUGAUCUCACAGUCCCGGUAUGGGAAACAGUCCGGUGGAUCCAAGAUACGGUUAAAGCGGACGAAGGCUCAAUGGAACCGCCGUUGGGCUUUUACGGUAGGUCAUUACAAGACUACCACAAUGACACCUGUGCGGCGGGAAGGCGAGUUGAAAGGGUUAGAGUGCCUUCAUCUCUAGCUAAGAUCGAAGUCUCCUUUAAAUUUGCUGAAUUGAAGCCACAUCCGACUGAAAUACUGGCGUUGGAGCUUAUUGAUAAGGACGGAACCAGUAUGACUGUGGGAUCAAAGUAUUUCGAGGUUGAUAUUUCAAAAUGCCGCGAAUUAUUCAGUGAAUUUAACAAGAGCCAAGAAGCGAAAUGUCGCCUUGAUUGUGCUGGGCUGCAUGCACUGUUCGAUGCGCAGUCAUUCGUCGGUUUCCGUAUUAGCUACAACGCCCAGGCAAUCUAUCGCAUUGGUAUCCUGAACAGGCAUCAUAAGUCCAAGGCUCAGCCUGAGAUUCUAGGUUACGAGCCCGAUGGCUGUUCCGGAUUUGACAUGGGCCUAAAUGAGGUGGUCCAGGUUGUCGCCACAUUUGAGAGUUAUAGAUUGGUAGGCCUUGGAUUAAGAGGUUCGGGCAAUCGUAAUUCUAUGUACGGGCGCCGGCCCAUAAUUAAUCCAAAGGAAGUCGAUGCGAAGAGAUAUGGGUGGCAGUUUGAUGAAGGGGCCGACUAUACUUGGCUUUUCAGUGACUAG